AGGAAACCUCUAUACGCACGUUGUUGACUUACUCGUCUCCAUCGCUCCAGUAAAUUGUGCAGAAUUUGUCCAUUUACAGCCCAGACAGGCCAGUUCUAGAGGUGGAAAUUACAUAAUGGCGAAGCGAAAGAUGAUUAUUGACUGUGAUGCCGGCAUCGAUGACGCCCAAGCUAUCCUGAUUGCUUUAUCUGCUCCUGAUGUUGAGGUGGUUGCGAUCACAUGUGUCGCUGGCAAUACAACUAUUGAAAAUGUAUGUGUGAAUGUGCUUAAAGUUCUGGAGUUGUGCGAUCGAAGAGAUAUUCCCGUCUUUAAAGGAGCCACUGGUUCAUUGCUAGGUGAGGAACUUUAUGCAAUUCAUUGACUAGGGGUCGAGUUACGGUACGUGACACUACCCUUCCAAUCGCUUGAUCCCAUAGGUAAGUAAGGCCCGGUUCAGACGCCGUGCUUCAGCCGCACCGAAUCGAAUUCAACGAUAGGCAGACCUAGAUUAGUUAAUCCUGGCUGGCUGAAUUAAUUCAAACGCCGAACUUCAUUCGGCCGAAAUUAAUUAAUCAAAGAAAAUUAAUAUUUUACAGAGAGACAAGCCUUGUCUGUGCUUUGUUCUGUUGUAUAGCACUUAGGAAGCUAGAGCACGAAAGAAGUAUAGGGAGAAACACGAGAGGUAGUCGAGUGUUUCUCCCCUCUUCUCGAGCAGCAGUUAUGCACCUCCAUUGUUCUUGAAUAGUCUCAAAAGGUAAAAGUUAUUGAGAGGAAUGCGUGGCAAUCCAAAUGUCACCAAAAUAACUCCUUGUAGGUGAAAUAUCGUUGUAGGGAUCCGUAGGGGUCACGUCUCAAAUAAUUCCUGAGACUUUGACCUAGUAAUGUUGAGCACUUAGGUCGAUCAGUUUGUGAACUAUGGCUUCCAAUGUGCCUCAUGUGCCGGCAAUGAAAGAAGCUCAAGGACCUCAAGAAGCAAUUGUGAAUUGUGUUGCAUUUUUUAUGAAGAGGGGAAAGGCAGCAAGAAUUGAAUGUGGUUUUUAGUUCUAAUCAGACCCCAAUGCCCCAGUCAUAUAGGAAAAAAAUACUCUGAGUGAGGGUGAGAAAUGGGAAUUUCUCUCUUAAAUACAUGUAUACCAGUAUGUGCUGCCCAUCUGGGUCUUGAAUUUGGAACUCAUGAGCAAGAAGGAGCUACCAUGUUUUUUAACCCUUUAACUCCCAGAUGAAAUUUUUAAUUCUCCUUACUGUCAACCAUACAAUUCUUAUGAUGUUAGUUCAGAGAAUUUAGUACUGGAUCAACCAAUUAUCUCCAAAUUUAUAAUUUUCUUUAUUCUCAUCUUUUAUCUGAGUGAUAUUGUAUUGAUAUUUUAAGAAGAAAUUCUGUCUUGGUCACUUAUGGGAGUUAAAGGGUUAAGAGAUAUUUCCCAGAACUUGUUGUAGUUCAUGCAUCUUGCAAAUAGGUUGAGGAUUAUCUGUGACAUGCCUUGAUAGCGCACUGGCAAUGACCUUUCCCUUACAAGAAUAUUUUAAUUAUAAAAUAAUUUGUUAAAAAAUGGUUGUAAAAUAGAAGAUGAGUUGAUGGUUAUUGGUGAAUGGGGUACUGAAAAUUGAUCAAUAUCUAGAAUGAGUUUCUCUGACUUCAAUUUCAGCCAAAAAUAUAUUUGAGUAUCCUCUCCCCAGCUCUUCUUGCUCUUUCCUGUAAGGGGGAGGGGGGUAGUUUAAAUCCUGUUAAGGUCAGUGACACGAUAUUGCUGCUUAUUGUUAUAUGGAAGUCAUGAAGCUUGGGAAUUUUAACUUAUGGAUGAUGACAUGUUUCUUUUUUUUUCUGUAGAGGAUCGUGGGGAUCUUCCUACCCAUUUUCAUGGCAAGGAUGGCAUGGGAGAUGUUAAAGACAUUCCUAACCCAGACAUUUCAUUACUGAAGACUGAACAUGCUGUAAAUGCCCUGAUUAGAAUUGUCAAUGAGCAUCCCGGAGAAAUCACCUUGGUUCCUCUGGGACCAUUAACUAAUAUUGCUCUUGCAUGUCGACUUGAUCCAGGCAUUUCCUCUAAGCUAAAAGAUGUGGUGAUCAUGGGAGGGAACUUUGAAGCCAAAGGUAACUCGCAUGUGAGUGCUGAAUUCAAUUUUCAUUUUGAUGUGGAAGCUGCUUACAUAGUGUUGAAUAAGCUCACCUGUCCAGUCUCCUUGGUGACAUGGGAAUUUUGCCUAAACCAUGCAUUACCUUGGGAAUUUUAUGACUCAUAUAUUGGACAAGAGACAAAAAAAUCUGUUUUCAUGAAAAAGAUUACUAAUACCUCAGCCUCAUUCUACAAGAAAAAUAAGACAGGGUUUGGACAAGGUUACACAAGCUGUGAUCCUCUGGCCAUGUCAGUAGCUGUCAAGCCAGAGAUUGUAACUGAGGCAACAAGUGUGUAUGCCACAACAGAGCUACACGGGCACUUGACUCGUGGUCAAAUGGUUGUGGAUUGGAGAGCUCAUCUUGGAAAAGAUCAUAAUAUUAAGUUAAUUAAAGAAGUUGAUUUGGAAGCCUUUAAAGUCUUGAUGAUGGACUCCUUGAAAUAAUUACACAUAAAAAAAGAGGAGUAAGAAACAAAGACAUUUUUGUAAUAAAAUAUUUGCCUAUUGUUCAUUGUGGUGUAAGAAUGGAGAUGAACUAUGUUCAUUUGUCUCACAAUAGAGUCACUUUUAAUGUAGAUUGUGACAUUUUGACUGCAAUACUGCUAGUCUUCAUCAGGCGAUGAGAUAGAUUGUUUACAUGUCACUAUUUGUAGCAUGUUGGUAUGCUGCUAUUGGUGCAUUUCGAUUCUCAUUAGUAUUCCAGUUAUUAGAUGGUGUUCCCUCAUAGAACCUCAUAACGUUCUCUAUACUU